AUGGGAAUUCGCGCGCGUGUACAUAAGUCGUCACCUUUCAGCGUCGAGUUUAUCUCAAGGCCAUAUCAUUUUUUUUUUUCGGUAGGGCAGUUACUCGCGGGAGGUGAACGAGUUUUCGGAACAAUCACCUUUGGCAAAUAUUUCAUCCGAAGUAUCGAAGAAACUUUUUUUCAUCUAACAAGUCACACUAUCCCCUGGACUCGGUUACUUUGCCGAAUAGACGUCUCGACCUUGAGGAGAUAUUCGCAACCGCCACCUGACAGAAGUGAUUACGCAAUUUCCAAGGACGCGUGUGUCGGCUUUCGUUCCACUAGACACACGUGCGAUUUGGACUUGCCGGAGACUUCAAUAUUCGUCGGUGACCACUGAGAUUGAAUACGUAUUUAAAGAAUAAUAAUUUUGGAUAGCGAUUCUAUUUUGAAAAAAUUAUAAAUCUGUACAGUUUUACGUUCCCGAUCACUUAAAAACGAAUAGCAAACCCUCUAUUCCAUCACGGACCCUUCAAAUUCUAUAUUCCUUAAAAAAAUCUCCAUUUUUGGAUCGAUUUGCAAACGUCAGAAACAAGAGAAUCCUCUGAAGAUGAGGCAAUACGCUGUAGCGUUUCUUAUUCCCUCUUUUCCCCGGAGAAAAUUAUUUUCCCUGAUUAUACUUGAGGGUCGGGAAGAGGUUGGAUAUUCCGCAACCAAUGGCGGUUAUCCUUACGAUCGGAUGAUUCCUCAGGAGAGGCACUUGAAAUAAACCAAGGUGACUUCUCACUGUGUCCCAGGCGCCCAUCCACCGCCUGAGAUGGGUAUUCUGAAUCACAAAUGAAACGGCAGCCAAGUAGACUCGGGUUAGAAACGCCGAAAGGUCUUCGUUUAUGUGUCAAGGAUACACACACCCUCUUUUUUCAGUGAGAACAUCCGAGUCUUACGUGUUUUCGCGUGUUUGGCGAUUAACACACGAGAAUAUUUGAGAUUUACGUGAUGUUCUAUGUCCCUACACCCGACACCUCAUCUUUCCAUCAAAAACGUUGACAGGGGAAUACAAAAAAAAAAUUUUAAUUCGAUAAAAUCCGUUUAUCCCACUGGAAAAACCCACUUUUCGGACGAGUGUCUAAAAGUUACUUUUCCGGACGGUGUGAGAUAAAAAUGUAUUUACGUGCAAUCCCCUAUUGGGCGAGGGGAAUCCAACGACAUAAUGGGACAUUUUUUCUCUCACAUAUAAAAAUAGACAUUCAACUGAUUAUUGCCUCCCUCCACGGAAGGUUAUCAAUAUGCCGAACGACUGGCUUAUGUAAACGCAACCUAGAUUACCAUGACAGAAGUGCCGGGCAUCAUCCACGUCAACGUGAGAAGGCUCCAUAUCGAUCGCUGAACAAAUAUGCCUGUUGAUAAAGCCCUUAUUUUUCUGUGUCACCCCAUUACAUUUUUUUUACUGCUCCAAUCCGCGCCAAUUGCUCGUAACAUUUUCUCCCCCAGAUGGAGGGAGACAGGAUACUGCAUUAUCAGAAUUGAUCUGUACCUCAUUUUAAAGAAUAAUUAAUCCAUCCCAGAUUGGUUUUCCCCAAAAGGCAGUCGAAAAAUUUCAAAUCGUUAACCUCAAAGAUUAAUUGAUAGAGUGAAUCAACCGAUCAAGUGUGUAAAUACCCUAUAAAACUCGUUUCUCAUGGAUCAAGCAUGCGCGUCGGUCAAAUGAAUUAUCGAUAAAUCAUAUCGUCGAUUAACCCGGUUACAUACCGAUCUGUGUAUUGCCUCAAUGCCAAACGUCGUGCGCGCUACGCCAUGACACAUGAUUAUUCCCCGAUAUCGGAGUGUCAAUUUCAACGGAACGCAAAAAAAAAAAAAAACAAAACGUAAAAUUCAGGGCCGGGGAGAAUAUUCCCUGGGGAACUGAUAUCAAGAACGAAAAAAAAAUCAUUUAUCACACGAGACGUGAAUUUAGUGGGGGACGAAAUCCGAGACGGUGGUUGAAAUCCCGAGAGUGAAUUUUUUUUUUUUUCACGUUCUCAUAGAAAAUUCAGGCGUCUCUCAAAUUGGGAUCAAGGUCGGAGGACCCCAUCGGCGACGGAGGAAACAACAGGGUGCGUGGGUAUUUCGGAGAUGUCUGAAUCGUUGAUUUAUUCGCGAUUUUUAAAUGUGUUAUAUAUAGACAGCAGAUGGUUUUCAACUUGUGACAGAAUUUAUCUAGGGGACCUGUUUAGACGGAGGCCAUUGGGGCGUAAUAAAAACUGAUUUUUUUGGAAGAUGGGCCUGGUAAUUAUAACUUUCAAAACUUGAAACAAAAUUAAAGGUAUGGUACGUGUGAGUAAAAAUUAAUCGUCUGUCCAUAGCUCUGUCUAGUCCAUGUCAGUAUUAUAUAAUUUUUAUAAAAUUUUAAUAAACAGAAACAGAAAAUGAAAAGAAAGAAAUGUGUAAACAAGGGCCUUUUGUCGAAUGGGCCCAGAGUGUGAAAACUUUGGUCACUAAGGGUUAGUUUGACUGGAGACGUCAUAGGAGAAAGAUAUACCUUCUGCGUGCGAUAAUAAAUAAUUAAAGUUUAUAGUCAAAUCGUAUGAUCAGUAAAUCCCGGUCCACAAUCCAAUAUAAAGAUGUAUUCUUUAAUAGUUGUUAACCAAUUAAUUGACUAAUUCGAUGGGUUACGGUCUUGCGACGACGCAUCAUAAAACGAUAAAAGUGACACGUUAAUUUUCCUUUAUUUCUCAGCAGAUGUGAGAGAGCCAGAGUGAAAGUAAUAUACAAGUAAUCUCUUCACUUUCUCUAGGGUCUCACGGGGCGCCCUCCUACAGGCAUUGUGCAUGUCGUGUGCCAACAUUCGUGUGCCAACAUCUUGGGAGCAGACGUAGUUGGUGGUAGAAGGGAGAGUAGGCUGGUCUCGUUUCGAUGCCAAGAGAAUAUCUUUCUUCCUUUCUUCGUUCAUCUCUCUCCAUUUCCCCGUGGAGUUCCCAAAGACUUGGCCCAGAAUCCCAGAUACAAAUGUUGCGCAUCUCGAUUUCACUUGGUCCAAAUAGAUUGAGGGUGAUAUUCGCUCAUUUAUAGGGCAUUUGAAUUAUUCAUCAGCAAUUCAAUUGGAAAUUCAUAAUAAACUGAACAUUAAAAUUUCAGGGAGGAGGGAAACUUCAUUUUUGUUAAUUAAUCAGUGAAAAUGAAUUAUUUACAUUUCAAAUUUACAUUUCGAAUGUUUAUCAAACAUUAAUUUUCAGAUGGAAUGAAUAGGUCUUUGUACGAUUAGUAUUUCUUUUAUUCUGGUGUUUCCACUUGAGAGUAGAAAACAUUUUUAUGAGUGAAAAUUCUAGGAAGUUUGGGAGUGUGGGACCAUUGUGGGACCAUGAGUGGGACCAUUGUUGAUGAGAGGCAUCAGGUCCAGGGUGUUGUAUCCCUUCUGUCUUUUAGUCAGUUUCUUCAAGGAAACGAAGCCGAGCGGUUGUGCCUUUCCAUAUAAAAUAUGGAAAUUCCGUAUAAAAUAAAAGAAUUAAAACAGGAUUCACGCGUCUGAUCAUUUAACCAUUAUCCCAUCUCCAAUAUGAAUUGACCAAAAAUGAACCAGGCUCUUCAUCUGCCCAUUGAAGGACUAAUUUUCUCACAAGAUGCAAUGGCCUCGUGAUUCUGGUACCCGACGAUUGGAAAUAUCUAAGGGAAAUUGUUGAAUAGUAAAAACAUGAUUUCCUCUCGCAAUUGACUCAUACAACGAGAAGCUCGUGGUCUCACGCUUUCACAAACAUCUCCAGCAAACUCACAAGCACGACCAGAUCCCGGAUAAGUGCCCUACCCUAUCUACCCAUCCUCCCCCCUUAUGAAUCGCACAAAUUGCCCCAGGUGUCAUUGCCCCAUGGCUUUCAUACCCUCGGGGAGCUUAUGCAAGCACCCCGAAACAAUAUGUUGCUUGUGUGUGUCCCCUGAUUCUGGUUAUGCACUAUUACUCGGUGCAGAUC